UUAUUCGCAGCCAAUCAGAGUGACAGGCCGGAGUGCUAACUACAAGAUGGGUUUGAGCGACAUAUAAACAGAUGCGAUCGACCGAAGUCGCUGACAGCUCGUUAUCGGUGGAUACCUGAUUGUCGGCGCCGCUUUUGAAGUUCCGCUUUCACUCGCAGAACAUAGCUAGCGAUUGGCUAGUCAAUCGGCCGGCAUACUGAGCCGGGGUCGGGGGAGGGGAUUCCUGCUGCGUAAGGUCUUCCUGGAACCAAAAUAAAACACCCGAAAACGACACCUGCCAGAAUCAAGCGGAGGUGCGUUGAAAACUGAUUUGGAUUUCUGAAGAUAUUUGCCUUCUAAAACUUGCCCCAUUAAAAGAUACAGUGCCUUCAGGAAUUCCGAUGUGCUGAACUGACCAUUGUCUCAUUAUGUCCAAGUACGCACUUGUUCUCCUGCGACAUGGUGAGGGAGCCUGGAACAAAGAAAAUAGAUUUUGCAGCUGGGUGGAUCAAAAAUUGAGCAGUGAUGGUGUUAAAGAGGCUCUGGAUUGUGGUAAAUUAUUAAAAGAACUGGGAUAUGAAUUUGACAUAGUAUUCACCUCUAUCCUAAGUCGCUCUAUUCAGACAGCCUGGCUUGUGCUGGAGGCAAUGGGACAGGAAUGGGUUCCAAUUGAGAAAUCCUGGAGGCUAAAUGAACGUCACUAUGGAGCUCUGAUUGGUCUUAAUAGGGCAGAAAUGGCUUUGAAUCAUGGAGAAGAGCAGGUAAAAAUCUGGAGACGAAGCUAUGGUGUCAUGCCUCCACCAAUUGAUGAGUCACAUCCCUACUUUUUUGAAAUCUACAAUGAUCGUAGGUAUAACACCUGUGAUAUUGCCAAGGAUGAACUACCCCGAACAGAGAGCUUGAAAGAAGUACUUGAAAGGCUUUUACCAUACUGGGAAGACAUCAUUGUACCAAAGAUUAAGGAAGGCAGGAGAGUACUCAUUUCUGCACAUGGAAACAGCAGCAGGGCUCUACUAAAGCACUUGGAAGGAAUAUCAGAUGAGGAGAUUGCCAAUCUUACUCUUCCCACUGGUGUACCUGUAUUGUUGGAGCUUGAUGAAAACCUACAUCCUAUUAAGCCUCAUGAACUUCUAGGAGAUCAAGGUGCAAUUCAAGCUGCCAUCAAGAAAGUAGAGGAUCAAGGGAAGGCUGUAGCCUCCAAAACAUAAUGUCUGAAAUGGCUCUGACUACAUGCAAAUCUGUGUAUGACAAUUUAAAAAGUGAAUUGCAUUGGUGUUGCUGUUUAUUACAUUCAGGUGAAUAAGUAAGAUGGCUGCUUUAAACCAUUCAAAUAUUUGUAAAUCUAGGAGUACAAUUUAGAAGCUAUUUUGUCUGUAAAAUUCUUGUCUGUUACUCGCCCAACCCUCUGCAAAAUGUUAGUAACUGUGAAGGUCUCCUAUGCAAAUAAGUAACAUGGAUACCUCAGAAAAAAGCUUUGAUUUUAAAGAUUCUGUGAUAUUUAUAAAAAGGUUUUACAUUCAAAUAGGCUUGUUUUAUCUUGUGAGGUUAUGUUUGUUGUACAAAAUUAUAAUCAGAGAGUUAUGCUUUAUUUAUUUGUUUAAAUAAAAUUACUUCUGUUUACAGUCUUAAAUUCAGAUUAUCUUAUACCAAACUUUCCCUCUGCAUUUAAUGAGUGCAUAUACCAACCAGGUCUCGCUUCUUUGGUAAAAGCAAAAUAGAAUAAUGUAGGCUUUUUGAAGGACAGGCCAUUCACUUCAACAUUAUUCACCAGUGCAUAUUCAUCUACUUUUUCAAAACAUGUCCAUCAGACUAAUGCGGGACUCUGAACUAACACUUUCCAUUGCUGUACAUGCUUUAAAACUAUUUUUGCAUUUUCUGCCAUUUUGUACCUUUUUUUGUUUUGUGGUUCUUUAGAUGGCACCAUUUUAUUUCUUGGUUUGAUGUGGUCAUUACCAUUUUGUGGCAAAUCUUGCAUGACUGUGAUUGUGUUUGUUGCUAUUGCUACACAGGUCUUUUCAUCACUUACAGUACGUGCUAUACAGGGUGGCAAACACAUGUCCCCUUGCAUCCUAGGUUCAAAUGUCAUUACUAAAAGCAAGCUUUCUUAGUGGUAUCUAAGGAUAAUUAUUUUAAGAUAGUCAUAGGUUAUUUUGUUUGUAAUCGUUUUAGUGAACUAGCUUCUUUUGUUCUCUUGAUUGUUCCUGUUUGAUUCUCCAAAGUUUGCUUAAUCCCAUUCCUUCUGCAUCAUUAGGUUUUUCUACUGUUAUUUGCCCUUUGGCCACUCAUUUAUAUAUCUCUAUGUUCAUAACAAUAUGGCUAAAUAACUUGGUUGUCUAUGUACAGAUUUUUGGGUAAAAAAGUAGUUAAUGAAAUUCUUGCAAAAUGUAGGCUUUACUAGCUUCAAUCAGUGACUCGGCUUCCUUAUUGAGAAACACUUUUAAAGUAACAGUUGGUAUAUACCUUUUUGUUUCUUUUCAUAAUUUGAAACACUCCAGUAAUGACUCCUUUUAGCCUUUGCCUGUUAUUGCUGAAUAGUGUAAACCAUUUUAAUCUUUCUUUAUGCAUUGUACACUGCUCUGUUGCAAUUUAUUUUCUACACUCUCUCCAACAUUGUUUGUUGUUCUUUUAGCAAAGAGAAUGAAACUACACUCAAUAUUCCAGAAGUGGCCUCAUGAGUGGGAUACAAUUUAAGUAAAUAGCCUAAGAUCGUAUUACCAUUUUUAUCUCUUCUCUAUACUUUUUAACCUGUGGAAAUUAGGACACACGAGUUUUCUUAAAAGGUACUUUGUUGCUUCUGGUCCCCAUUGUAUGAUUAUAUCUAAAACUUUUACUAUCUCUCUGUGUUAAGCCUUAUUUGUUUACAACAUCAUAUGGUACAACCUACCUAAAUCUGAAUUUUCAUUAAGUUUGUCUAUGGAGGUUUUAGCUGCUAAGGCACCGACAUUAAUGCAAAUUUAAGCAGAUUGUUAUUUGUUCUUUUAGGGAUCCAUUUAUAAAUUAAAAAAUGUAACAUCCCCAUUAUUUAUCCUCAAAAAUCCCACUUAAAUAAUUAAAUUCUGAAAUGCAUGGAGAGAGGCCUUUUGGGAGUCUGAAAAGUACUUAAAGUAGAGAUGCAAAACAGUUUUUUAACGUAUAUGGCUGAGUUAGGCUUGGAGGUAUUUUUAUGAAAUUAUUGAUUAUAAAUUUGACCGUAGUUGGUUUUAUAUGCUAAAUAGAACUUGAAUAUAGUUUAUUAUUACUUUAUUACAAAACAUUUCCUGCAUCAUCGCUAGUUUUACAACAGUGUAGGAGGAAAUGUAAAUUUUUCAUUGUCAUAUUCAUUUCCUCUUGUUUUUCCUCCAGUCUGCCUCACCUAUUUCUCCAAAGUCAACUCAUGCUAAUCUUCCAUCCUCUUUUGAGAGAUACAGUUUUAAUAUAAAUUAAAUUCAUAUAAUAAUUAGUAAUGUAUCAAAAGAAAUACAUUUUAUAAUUAUAAUGUUUAUUGUGUGAUGUAAUUGUGCAGUAUGUAGAUUAUGUGUCUUGCAAAGAUUGAGACCCACGUUGAGUUAUAGUCUAGGGAAUAUUCUGAUAGUGAGGGUUUCAUUACCAUCGUCAUGCUGCAAGAGUUUUAUUAAGACUUUUUGGUUCUGCUCAGUAAUCCAAAGACCUGCCAUAGGUGGCUCUAAAAUAACUUAAUGUUAAUGUGAGUGAAUGUACCCUUAUGCUACAUUGGUUCCCUCUGUAGGAUUAGCUUCCAGUAUUACAGGUUUAUCUAGGGUUAAGGACCACAGAAUGGAUUAAGUAGCUUGGUUUAGAAUUCUGCAUCCUUUUCGUUGACUAUGUGGAGCUUGCAUGACCUUCCCAAGUUUACUUGGGGUUUUCUUUUUGUAUCUCGAAAGACAUGCUGGUAGAGCUGAAUGGAGAUGUGUGAGUGGGCCCUUUGAUGUACCUGCACUCGGUCCAGUGCCGUUUCCAGUCUUGUGUCCAGGGUUGUCAGUCCCUUGAGACCCUGAAUUGGAUUUAGCAAGCUUAAACAAUGUUACAUUAUGGAUUUAGUAAGUUUGUAAGUUUAAAGAAUGUUAUGUUAUAAGAUGAAAUAGUUAUACUUGCAAAGUCUACCUUACCUGCUGCCUAAACAAUACCAAAUACUCAUUUAACAAUCCUUGAGUUACAAAUUUCUUCUCAUACAAAUGCCAGUUAAAAGCAUAGUUUUAAGUAGUACCUCAUUUAACAGUGUACUCUUUUGCUCAAGUUGUUUCAUCUUUGAAGUGUGCAAACCAUGAAAGUACAAAUGAUAAAGUAUAUUCUUGGUAAUGAAUGUUUGUUAUGAAUAUAAAAUAUAGUUACAGUAUAUUUUAUACUGUUAUGCCAAUACAACCACCCAUAUUUGAAGCCUAUUCCGCUGAACAAUGUGAUACAAUAAGAGGAAUAAGUUGUUCAUUUGUAUUUAUUAACUAGAGACCAGUAGUUACUGUAUUUUGUAACAUACUCAAGUAAACCUUAUUUUCCAAACACUACCAAAAUGGUAGCUUACAUUUAAUGAAACAAGUAGCAUCUUUAUCAGAGUUACAGAAUGCAUAUUCACAUACACACUUAUCCUUCACAGCGUGAAAUUACAAAGUUUUGUCCAUCUCUGUUUAAAUGAAUUAUUAACAUGCUCAUAAAACAAGUGGCACACUUUGACUCACAGACCAAACCAAGAAAAUGGAGCAUGCGUUUCUGUGUAUUGACUGACAGUAAAACUGACUUCAGUUCCAGCUUGCUCCUGUGAUAUUAAUGUCACUUUUGGCAUUUGCCUAAAUCCAGACAUAUUUCUGGCUGAAACAGUUUUCAUUAGUCCAAUUUGCAGAAAUGGCCAAUUUGGUAAAAUUCACCAGGAUAAAUACCAAAACAACCAUCAGCAUAAAGUAUUCCCCUUUCUACUUUCUCUUAACCUCUUUUUCUUAAAAUUGUAUCUCUUCUUCUAAUAUAUAAUUACUCUGUUUAAAGAAACUUCACACUCUAAACAAAGCUGCCAUUGUUAUCAUCCUUUCUUAAUGAGAAAUGUGCCCAGGUGAUGUGUUUACCUUAAGGAAUUUUUAGAAACAUAUGUUUUCACAUGUAGAUCUUGGAACAAUAUCAGGUAUAACUAUCAAAGGAAUUUUGUGUGGUUAUACUUGUUAUACUUGUUAUACUUGUAAGGACGGCACCUCAAUUACUUGUAAAUGCAAUUUACGUAUAAUAGAUCCAGGUUUCAAAAGAGAGUUGAGACCCUGUAAGUUUGAGAAAAGACCUGUGGUUCUCAGUAUCUAAAGAAGAGUUUUUAGCUUUUUAGUUUUAUUCUCUCAAGCUAGUUAACACUUGUCAUUGUCUGCUUUUUUUUGGAGUGGUUUAAGGCCUUAUUGACAUUAUAAGCUUCAACCCGGUAUUUUUAUUACUUUGUUCAUACUUUAUCCAAAGUGCUAGAUUUUUUAGAACUGAUACAGGAUCUUCACCUUUAAAGUUGUUAGAUUGUGUUUCAUGAUAUACUGAGUUCAUUUUUGUUGUCCAUGUGAUUUUAGUCAAAGAGAAAUUCAUGUGAUUACUUGCAUGUGUGAAAUGAACAAACGUUUUUUUUUUUGGCCUAUGCCCUCUGCCUGCCUUCCUUUCAGGUCAUUUAAGCAAAUUACUAUCUCAUUCAACCCUCUUGUUUUACUCCCUUGAUGUAAUCAAAUAUCAUUCUCACUGUAAUUUUUCCUUUAUCCUAAAAGUCACUUUCUUUAUUAAGCUGACACAUGUUCUGACCUUCAGUUGCACUAAAAUUGCAUUAUGUCUUUGGGCCCUACUUGUUUUGAACACAUCUAGUUCCAGUGUGGUCAUAUUUGUGCCACAGGCCAGACUCUAAAGCUGAUAUUAUGUUACUUAAUUUUUAGUCAUAGGGCAUGUCAGAUUUGCCGACUGUUGCAGAUCUGGUUACUGGGCCUGUCUAAUUUACAUCCUGCUUGCUGACCUUCCAGAACAGUCUUACUCGCUCCUGUUUGUGACAGCCAACGGCAUGCUGCCUGACAGAGCCGGCACUGUACAAAGGGUUAACAAUUACAGCAAAUUUAGUCCUUUUUUUCCCAUUCUGUCUUGGCACUUGAAACACGAGAAAUUUUGUAUUUGUGAGAUACAAAACGUGUGCUUCUUAUUCCUUGUCACUACAUUAUCUGUAUUGUACUUCCAGAUGAGCAUUCGUUGGUUGAAAGCUCUCAUGCACACAAACUUUGCCCCUACAAAUAAAGACAAAAUUAGACCUAUUUGAUUUUGUUGGGGCAUGUCGUAGACUAGUUAAGAAUGAGUUGCUGCACAUAUCUCUUUACACAUCUGGAUGCAUGGGAGGAUGUCAGUAACUGCCUCAGACUUGCUAAGAUAAUAUCAAUUAGAUUUGGUAAACUCUAUUAAUCCCAUGGGGAAAUUCAAAUCCAUACGUGAAAGCGGUGACUAAAAAUUGCUGGAAAUAUCACAUAUUGUGACAUGGCCUUUAGUCUAAUUUUGCCCUCCACCCCAUACUAGGAUCAGCUUCACCCACAUUCAGAUGACACUACUGGAAGCCUAGCACUUUUUUAACCAUGUAUCCUUUUGUGGCAUUUGUCUUUUAUUUCAGCAGCUUCAGAUGCUUUGUAACACCACACAUUGUAUUUUGGUGUCUUUUUUUUAAAAACUACCAAAGAAUUGCUGCUGAAGUUUGUGCAUUCAUACACUCCAAGAGGGUAAAGCCAGUGAUAGACAUUAUUUUAAAAGAAGACGUCAAUAUUGUUUCUUGUUACAACAGGCCAUUCUUGUAUCUUAUCCAAUGAUAUCCACAAGCGCUGUCAUCUUCUCGGGCUCUCUGUGAUUUAGCCUCCUGCUUUUAAGAUGUGACCUCUGCUGAUCAAUGUUCCGCUACCUCACACUUAGUAUGACUCAUCUUGCGUCUUAUUUCCGUACUUUCUAAUUUUAUGUUUGUUUAAUAAAUCUUGCCUUCUGUUACUUACCAGACCCAUCAUUUGCUCUUUGGUUGAUUUAUCAAGCUAACCCUCCUCUGAAAUGUUCCUGUGUGAGUGUUUAUACUUUCCCUAUUUAUAGUUCACUUCAGUGCAGCUAAGUUCCCACUGCCUUUGAGAUCCCAAGAAUUGUCUGUGUUCUGAGUAAGUAAAUUAUUGACUGUUGUUUCCAACUUUUAGUGACUCCAGCAGCCUCUCCAUUAGCACUAGCGCCACCAAAUUUUAAGGCACUUUAUGUGAUCAGGUCAUAUCACUAUUCUGCAGCCACUUAUGCUAACAUGAAUGAGCCUGAUGAGUGUUUCUUGUAUAUAUCAUCUGAUGUUGUAUUUAUUGUUGUAUUCAUUGUCUGUUGUUGGUAUUGUAUCUUGUUUAGUCUGUUGGAGACAUGCAAGAAAGAAUAUUGUUUUCCUGUGUACAAGUGACGUUAAAUCCAAACUCGAUCUCCUGUAGCAUUGCUCAAGAUUUCAUACUUAAUUGGUUUCCUUCUCCCAUCAACUUGCUGCAAUUGGAGUAUUUGCAUGUUUGCUAACUUUCUUCAAAUAAGUACUAAAUAAAAAAAAUACCUUUUUCUUGUGGGAGCUCCAUCUCAUCUUAAGAAAUGUACCUCUUUCUAGAGAAUCUCAGUUAUUAAUAUUUCGUUGACUUCUAAUACCAUCCUUUGAGGUGUAAACAGCAGUACUCUUAAGUGUGUAUGUCACAGUUUUCAGCCAUUAAAUCUUGGUGAUAUGAGACCUAGCAUACUUUUUCAUAGUUUGUGAUGCUGUUUCCCUGGGGCGUGCUCUAAGAAUUUGUUAGCAAUGAACUUCAAAUAAAAUAGAUUUUUGCUUUUU